AUGGCUCCAAAAUAUGGAAGAGAUCUAAAAGCAAUGGGAAUCAGGAAUUGGAGAAGGAAAGCACUGGACAGAGAUGAAUGGUGGCAGGUGACAAAGAAGGCUAGGUUCUACAAGGACUGGUUUUCGGAUUACAGUGCUAUGAAACAAAAACAGAAGUUCGAGAAGCUAGCGGUUACAGUUAAGAAGGAGGACGCUACUGUGGCUCCAAAGCGAGUAGUGGUGAAUCUCUUGUCAGAAGUACUCGAUGAAGCAGCUGUUUCAGUUCUGUGCAAAGGUCUGAAUUUCGCAACUACACCGAAGAGAAUACCUGUUGAAGAAAUCUUAAGUGCUGUCGAAGCAUCCUUGAUUUGUCUUCCAAAGGUGCGGGCUGAAGAAGUAAGACAAGAUGUGUCGAGAGUUCUUCGGAAAUCGAAACUCCGAAAAGCAACAUAUCGGCGCAGGAAAGGAAAUCUCUUAUUGAACUCAUGA